AUGGAACUGAAGCCGUUGCUCCGAGGCCUGGGCUCCCUGGUGCGGGCCUGCCUCACCUUCCUCUUCGCCCUGGCCGUGCUGGGGGUGAUGAUCUGGGCCUACGUGCAGGGGUUCCAGCUCGUCACCUCUCCCUACGGCAUCAUCUCCUUCGGCUUCUACGGCCUGCUGCUCGGCCUCCACGUCCUGGUCCAGAGCCUCUUCGCCUUCAUCGAGCACCGGAGGAUGAAGGCGCGCACCCAGCCCUGCAGCUACACCAAGACCAUCGGCUUCACCGUGUCCGCCUACCAGGAGGACCCCGCCUACCUCCGGGAGUGCCUCCAGUCCAUCCGGGCGCUCCAGUACCCCCCCGAGCUGCUGCGGGUCAUCAUGGUGGUGGACGGCAACUCGGAGGACGACCGCUACAUGAUGGACAUGUUCCGGGAGGUGUUCUCCGACCAGGACCCCGGCUGCUUCGUGUGGGAGAACAACUACCACAGCCGGGACCCCACGGCGGCGGGGGGCGCGGGGGACCAGGUGUGCUACGAGGACCCCGGGAGGAAGCAGGUGGAGGAGUUGAUCAGCAGCAGGAGGUGUGUGUGCAUUAUGCAGCGCUGGGGCGGCAAGAGGGAGGUCAUGUACACCGCCUUCAAGGCCCUGGGAGGCUCUGUGGACUACAUACAGGUUUGUGACUCAGACACUAAGCUGGACUCGUUGGCUACGGUGGAGCUAUGCAAGGUUCUGGAGAGCAACCACAAGUAUGGUGCCGUGGGGGGGGAUGUGAUGAUCCUCAACCUCAAAGACUCCUACAUCAGCUUCAUGAGCAGUCUUCGCUACUGGAUGGCUUUCAACAUCGAGAGGUCCUGCCAGUCCUUCUUCGACUGUGUGUCUUGCAUCAGUGGGCCGCUGGGCCUGUAUCGGAAUGACCUCCUUCAACAGUUUCUGGAGUCCUGGUAUAAUCAGACAUUCCUUGGAACUCACUGCACAUUUGGGGAUGACAGACACUUGACCAAUCGCAUGCUAAGCAUGGGCUAUGCUACUAAAUACACGGCUCGCUCAAAGUGUUACACGGAAACACCAGCCCAGUUCCUACGCUGGCUCAACCAACAAACUCGCUGGACCAAGUCCUACUUCCGAGAGUGGCUCUUUAACGCCAUGUGGUGGCACAAGCACCACCUCUGGAUGACCUACGAGUCCAUCGUCUCCGGGGUCUUCCCCUUCUUCGUGACCGCCACCAUCAUCCAGCUGUUCUGGACAGGCAGCCUGUGGGACAUCCUCUGGGUCCUUUGCUGUAUCCAGCUGAUUGGGCUGGUGAAGGCGUCCUACGCCUGCAUCCUUCGUGGGGACAUGGCCAUGGUCUUCAUGUCUCUCUACUCUGCCCUGUACAUGACCAGCCUGCUGCCCGCAAAGUACUUUGCCAUUCUAACUAUGAACAAAAGCAGCUGGGGAACGUCCGGCCGGCGUAAGAUGGUGGGCAACUACAUCCCCCUCCUCCCAUUAUCAGUGUGGGCGGCCAUCUUGUUAGGUGGGCUGUUUUACACCAUCUACAAGGAGAGCCAGAUGAGCUGGCAGACCCCCGCUAAGAAGAUGGAAACUGGCUUCCUUAUCUUUGGUUGUGCAGCAUACACAUGCUACUGGAUCAUCAUGGUGGUUCUCUAUUGGGUUUGGUUUCGCAGGGCUUGCAGGAGACGCAGCAAGUCUUACAAGAUAGACGUUUAAACCACUAAAGAUAAGAAAAAAACAGAGAAUGUUUUUAACGUAUCAUUAUCACAAUAACAAAUAUGCCUAAUAUAUUUCCUUUAUGUUCAUUCAUUUGUUCGCCAGUAAAAUGUAUUGAAAUAGUUAUUAAUUCUACUGAAAGACAUCUGUAGAAUAUAAUGCUAGAUGUUGAAUGUCAUGUAACUAAAUGGUUACUGCCUGACAAGGGGAUGCGGUGGCAAAUGAAUUACACUGUAUUUAGGGCUUUUUAGCCCAUGUACCUCAGGAUUACAGACGACAUAUCCACUGGGUUUCGAUGCAUUUAUUUAUUUAUUGUACUGUGUUUCAUGUUAUUGGAAGGGGAGUUAUUUAGAAAGAAGUGGGAUGUUAGGAUGUGUUCAGGAUAUUUAGUUAAAGUUGGGAUUGAUUUUCAAGGAUGCUACAAUGAUGAAUUGGACCUUGCUGUAUAACUAUUCCUAUGCACAGCGACGGCACUUUGGAAAGCAAUAGAUAUGCACUUGAAGGCAUGCAGGUCAAAUGACUUUAACGAUACUACAAAAGGCACAUAGAGAAAUAGCCUGUAGGUAUCGCAAAAACAAGUUAAUAAAGAACACUUUAACCCCUGAAGAGGCAUGUUAAAUAACUGUAUAGUUACUGAAAAAACAUGAAUUGUCAAAAUGUUUAUUUGUUUUCUAUGAAGUACACAUCAUGUUAUCUUGAAAUUGUAUUACAAUGUGAAUGUGUUCUGGACAGAAAGAUAUUUAAAUUAAACCGAUACAUUUUCUUAAAUAAACAGACCUGUAUUUUUCAU